CUUCCGAUUUCAUUUUCUCUCUCUACAAAAUUCCCCAAAGAUUCUCGACUCUACUCUCUCUCUCUCUCUAAAACACCUCACCCAGGGGAAGAAGGGAUUGUAUAGUCAUCUCGCUUCUUGCCCUAUAAAACUCCUCACUUCCUCCAAAGCAGAGGAAAAAAGUUUUAGAGAUUGAGAGAAAAGGUAGAGAUAGAGUAGAGAGAGAAGUGGAAACCCUUGUGUUGGGUUUGCUUCGCGUGGUUGCCAUCGAUGUGUAGCAUCUAUUUUCUCUCUCUAGAGUUCUGUAACCCUGUUGAUUGAAAAAGGAGGCUUUGAUAGCAGAGAAAAUCUGGAGAUUUGAUGGGCUCGAUUCUAGCCAGCCCACCUUUGCGGCUGCGCCAGAUUUUAUCCGGCGAAGCCACCAUGAGACCCUCUGUUAAAUUGGACACUGAACCGCCACCCAAAAUAAAAGCAUUUAUUGACAGGGUGAUUAAAAGUCCACUGUCAGAUAUAGCAAUACCUCUAUCAGGCUUUCAUUGGGAGUACAAUAAGGGAAAUUUCCAUCACUGGAGACCACUAUUCCUCCAUUUUGAUACAUACUUCAAGUCAUAUGUAUGUUGUCGGAAAGAUCUCCUUCUGUCAGAUAAUAUGACAGGUGAAGAUGCUCUUUUUCCAAAACAUGCGGUCCUGCAAAUAUUAAGAGUCAUGCAAAUUAUUCUGGAGAACUGUCACAACAAAAGUUCAUUCAGUGGCCUAGAGCAUUUCAAUCUCCUGCUUUCAUCUACCGAUCCAGAGAUUCUCCUGGCCACUCUACAGACACUUGCUUCUUUAGUGAGGAUAAACCCAUCUAAGUUGCAUGUGAAUGGAAAGCUGCUUGGAUGUGGUGUUCUGAACAAUUGUCUGCUGGCUCUAGCCCAAGGCUGGGGAAGCAAAGAAGAGGGGUUGGGUUUGUUCUCAUGCGUCGUGGCCAAUGAGAGAAACAAAGAGGAAGGCCUAUGUUUAUUCCCAUCCGAGGCAGAAAACAAUUCUGAUAAAACCCAAUAUCGACUGGGCUCGACCCUACAUUUUGAGUUCCAAGUCCCAGCCUGGCAACAAAGGGAUGAUGGAACUUCCCAUGCUUCUACAAGUUUAUGUGUCAUUCACAUGGAGGAUCUUAAUCUUCGGCAAGAGGAUGAUUUAGCUAUUUUAAAUCAGUUGGUUGAUCAAUAUAAUGUUCCGCAAGAGCAAAGGUUUUCUUUGCUGACCAGGAUCAGAUAUGCUCGGGCCUUCCGUUCCGUUCGAAUCUCCAGGCAAUAUAGCAGGAUCUGUCUUCUUGCCUUUAUUGUUCUGGUUCAGUCCAGUGAUGCCCAUGAGGAGUUAGUGGCCUUCUUCGCUAAUGAACCGGAAUGCACUGUCGAACUAAUCAAUCUCGUUCGUUCUGUGCACGCGGUUCCUGAAAACAUAAGGACUCUGGCCAUGCUUGCUUUGGGAGCUCAACUAGCUGCCUACUCGUCCUCCCAUGAAAGGGCCCGAAUACUGAGUGGGUCAAGCAUUAUAUCUGCAGGAGGGAACCGGAUGCUUCUAUUAAGUGUGUUACAGAAGGCAGUCAUGUCACUAAGCAGCCCCACCGACCCAUCCUCUGUUCUCUUUGUGGAUGCCAUGUUACACUUCUUCCUUCUCCAUGUGAUAUCAUCAUCAAGUUCGGGGAGUGGGAUUAGAGGAUCGGGUUUGGUUCCUGCUCUUUUGCCCCUAUUGCAGGACAACCACCCUGGUCACAUGCACUUGGUUUGCACGGCAGUGAAAAUAAUUCAAAAGCUUAUGGAUUACAGUAAUGUGGCUGUGACCUUGUUUAGGGAUCUUGGUGGGUUGGAGUUUCUGAUUCAGAGGCUGCAAGUAGAGCUUAGCAGAGUAAUUGAUGCCUCUAGUCUGAAUGACAAGUCACCAAGCAUCGGGGAAGCUCUGAUCUUUGAUGAUGAGAUGUUAUUCUCGCAAAAGAGGCUCAUCAAGACACUGCUUAAGGCACUUGGGUCUGCUACUUAUACCGCAAGUAACUCCUCGAGACCUCAGAGCUCUUACGAGACCUCUUUGCCCGCUUCUUUGUCCCUAAUAUUUCGGAAUGCGAAGAGAUUUGGGGGUGAUAUUUAUGCCUCGGGUGUCACUGUAAUGAGUGAAAUCAUUCACAAGGACCCAACUUGUUUCCCCAUUUUGUAUGAAUCAGGUCUUCCUAAUGCCUUUCUGAGUUCGGUGACGGAGGGGAUCCUUCCUUCCUCACGAGCCGUCUCAUGUGUUCCCAAUGGUCUCGGUGCAGUCUGCUUGAACCCCAAGGGUUUGGAGGCGGUCAAAGAACAGAAUGCUCUUCGGUUUCUUAUCACCAUCUUCACGUCCAGGAAGUAUUUGGUGGCACUUAAUGAAGGCAUCGUUCCUCUUGCAAAUGCAGUUGAGGAGCUAUUGAGGCAUGUAUCUUCUUUGAGAGGAACUGGGGUUGACAUAAUUGUUGAGAUUCUUGAGAAACUUGCUUGUCUGGGUGAGGGUUCAUGCUCUGGGGCUUCUUCCUCUGAACCAAUCGAUGAAAACACUGCCAUGGAAACUGAUCCUGAAGAGAGAGAAACUGAUGGGGGCAUGGAUCUGGUUGAGGCAAUGGAUGGUACUACUGAUGGGGUCAGCUGUGAGCGCUUUGUGCAGCUAUGCAUCUUUCACGUUAUGGUCUUGGUUCAUCGCGCUGUGGAAAAUGCAGAAACUUGCAGGUUAUUUGUGGAGAAGAAGGGCAUAGAGGCCAUAAUGAAGCUUCUUUUGAGGCCAAGCAUUGCACAGUCAUCUGAAGGAAUGUCUAUAGCUGUUCACACAACAGCUGUUUUCAAGGGAUUUACUCAGCAACACUCUUCCACACUUGCACAAGCCUUCUGUUCUCAUCUCAGGGACCAUUUGAAACAGGCUCUCGAUGGGUUGAGCCCUGUUGCGGGGUCAUUUUUACUGGCUCCCGGAAUUUCUCCUAGGAAGGAUAUAUUCUCGGGCCUUUUUGUUAUCGAGUUCCUCCUGUUUCUUGCCGAUGCUUCAAGGGAGAACCGGUGGAUGGCUGCUUUACUCAAUGAGUUUGGAAACGGUGGCAAGGAUGUUCUUGAAGACAUCGGUCGGCUCCACCGAGAAGUUCUAUGGCAAAUUGCCCUCCUUGAGGAUUCCAAAGUGAAUGUAAAGGAUGAAAAUGGUGCAAGUUCUUCCAGUGGGGGAUCACAGGGAUUGGAAAAUACAAGCACAGGUGAUGCUGAUGAGCCAAGAUUUAGCCCUUUCAGGCAGUUACUUGAUCCGUUAUUUCGGCGACAGAGAUUGCCAUCUGGUUGGAGUGCAGAGUCUCAGUUCUUUGACCUCAUAAGCCUUUAUCGAGAUUUUGGGCGAGCUACUGGGUUCCAUCAGAGAUCAGCUGGCAUGGAUGGCUCAUCGAGUUCACGAUUUGGAAGUGGGGCUCGACAACUAACAGGCCCUUCUGAGGGGGUUACACCUACAGGUGCCACAGGUGAUAAGGAAAAAUCCUAUCAUACCUCAUGCUGUGAUAUGAUGAGGUCCCUUUCUUUUCACAUCAGCCACCUGUUUUCUGAAUUAGGCAAAUCGAUGUUGCUUCCUUCUCGAAGGCGUGAUGAUUCUCCCAAUGUGUCAUCCUCUGCGAAAUCAGUGGUUUCCACGAUGGCCACCAUAUUGUUGGACAAUUUGAACUUUGGGGGCCACCUAGAUCCUUCAAAAUCAGACUCGUUUGUAUCGACCAAGUGUCGCUACCUGGGUAAGGUCAUUGAUUUCAUUGAUGCCAUUAUUUUGGACAGGCCAGAAUCUUGUAACCCCAUUUUGGUGAACUGUUUCUAUGUGCGUGGGGUCAUUCACGUUAUUCUCACCACUUUCGAAGCCACCAGUCAGUUGCUUUUUACUGUCAUUAGGCCACCCACUUCUCCUAUGGAGACAGAGGAUGGGAAUCCUAGACAAGAUGGAAGGGAUGACACUGACCACUCAUGGAUAUAUGGACCACUGGCCAGCUAUACUUUGCUUAUGGACCACCUUGUGACUUCUUCUUUUAUAUACUCCCCCUUCACAAAGCACUUGCUCUGCCAACCUCUUAUAUCGGGUAAUGUGGCAAUUCCUAGAGAUGCCGAAGCAUUUGUGAGGGUUCUUCAAUCCAAAGUUCUUAAGGCCAUUCUUCCUAUUUGGAAUCACCCCCAAUUCUCAGAAUGCAAUCUUGAAUUUGUCUCCUCGAUUUUCUCUAUCAUACGCCAUGUUUAUUCUGGGGUUGAUGUGAAGUCAGUAAAUAGCAGCACUGCUGGUCGGCUGGCUGGGCCGCCUCCAGAUGAAUCAACAAUCUCUGUUAUUGUAGAAAUGGGGUUUUCAAGGUCAAGGGCAGAGGAAGCUCUAAGGCAAGUGGGCACAAACAGUGUGGAGAUGGCGAUGGAAUGGUUGUUCUCUCAUCCUGAGGAAGCUCAAGAAGAUGAUGAGCUUGCUCGUGCACUGGCCAUGUCCUUAGGGAACUCGGGGUCCUCUGGAAAAGAAGAUGCAGUUGCAAAUACGGGCACCUCCGAGCAAGAAGAGGAGUCGGUUCAGCCCCCCCCUAUUGAUGAUUUGUUAAUGACAUGUGUUAGACUUUUGCAGCUGAAAGACUCAUUGACUUUUUCAGUGAGGGACCUACUGGUAAUGAUGUGCUCUCGAAAUGAUGGCAAUUGCAGGCCCAAAGUUGUUACCUUUGUGAUUGAUCAUAUAAAGCUCAGCAGUGGCAACACCACAUUGCUGUCUGCCCUAUUUCAUGUUCUUGCUUUGGUUCUCCAUGAGGAUACUGCCUCUAGGGAAGUUGCAGCAAAGCAUGGCUUGACUGGUAUAGCCUUGAACUUGCUUGCUCAAUGGCACCCGAGCUCUCUAGAUGGGGAUAAGACACAUGUGCCCAAAUGGGUCACUGCAUCUUUGCUGGCUAUUGAUGAGAUGUUGCAGGUGGACCCAAAACCCAGUUCUGAAAUUUCUGAUCAGUCAAGGAAGGAUGAGACUAAGACGGAGAAUUCUCUAGUGAAUGACGAAAAUGCAUCCAGUAAUAAAUUACAGACUUCCUUGGGGUUAACAGCACGUCACACAACACUACCAGAACAGAAGAGGCUCAUUGAAAUUGCUUGUGGCUUUAUUCGGGAUCAACUUCCUUCUGAAACUAUGCAUGUUGUUCUCCAGCUAUGUGCUACGCUUACCCGAGUUCAUGCUGUUUCUGUGACUUUCCUCGAGGCUGGAGGGUUGCACUCUCUUCUUUCCUUACCUACAGUCAGUCUAUUUUCGGGAUUCGACAAUGUGGCAGCCACUAUAGUCAGGCACAUUCUUGAAGACCCGCACACUCUCCAGCAAGCUAUGGAGUCCGAGAUAAGGCACAGUCUUGUUGCAGCUUUGAAUAGGAAUUCAAAUGGCAGGGUGACACCACGAAACUUUCUUACAGGCCUGGCUUCAGUGAUUACUAGGGACCCGGCGGUUUUUAUGCUAGCUGCUCAAUCAGUUUGCCAGAUUGAGAUGGUUGGAGAAAGGCCUUAUGUGGUGCUGCUGAAAGAUCGAGAGAAGGAGAAAUCGAAGGACAAGGAUAAACCAUCUGACAAAGAUAAGAAUCUGCAGUCUUUGGAGGGAAAAAGUCCAACAGGUGACACACCAAGCAAAGCUUCAGAUACAAGUGUGAAGAGUAGUAAAGCACAUAGGAAAUCUCCUCAGAGUUUUAUAACAGUGAUUGAGCUCCUAUUGGAUUCAAUUGUAGCAUUUGUUCCCUCCUUGAAAGAUGUCAGCCAAACAGAUGGAGCAUCUUCAUCAGUCGAUAUGGAAAUUGAUGAAAUUUCAAGUAAAGGAAAAGGAAAAGCCAUUGCUGCUGCUCCCUGUGAAGACAAAUCAGAUAGUAACCAAGAAGCAUCGGCGUCACUAGCCAAGAAUGUUUUCAUUUUGAAGUUGUUGACUGAAAUUCUCUUGACAUAUUCUUCAUCAGUGCAUGUUCUCCUUCGAAGGGAUGCUGAAAUAAGCUGCUCUCGUGGGGGUCCUCAGAGAGGAUCCUCAGCAACUGGCAUCAGGGGUGUAUUUUACCAUGUCCUUCACAAGCUUCUUCCCUCUCCUGGAAACCAAAAGAAAGAUAAGAAAUCAGAUGGCGAUUGGAGGCAGAAGCUAGCCACUAGAUCUAGCCAGUUCUUGUUGGCAGCCUCCAUCCGGUCUGCUGAAGCCAGGAGAAGGAUCUUUUCUGAGAUCAGUAAUGUCUUCAAUGACUUUGUCGGGUCAUCUGGUUCUGAUGAAUUUAGGGCACCGGAUUGUAAAAUGCAGUCCUUCAUAGAUCUGAUAAAUGAAAUCUUGGCUGCUCGCUCGCCCACUGGUUCAUAUAUAUCGGCAGAGGUUGCUGCAACUUUCAGUGAAGUUGGUUUGGUUAGGUCAUUGACUCGAACUCUCCAGAUCUUGGAUUUGGAUCAUCCCGACUCGCCCAAGCUUGUAACCGCAAUUGUCAAGGCUUUGGAGGCUGUAACCAAGGAGCAAGUCCAGUCUGCUGACUCUCACUCUGCAAAAGUUGACACGCCAACAAACCCUGGUUCGAAUUCAGAGGAACUGAGGGGAAGUGAGAAUGGAAAUGGAGUGGGUCAAACCUCUGAGCCUCCUGCUCAACCGGCUUCUAAUCAGAUGGCAACUGAGCAGUUAGAGUCUUUUGGCGGGGCUCUUACUUCUGGUGGGUCUGACUCCGUUACAGAUGAUAUGGAGCAUGAUCGGGAUGAUGCUCCUGAUGCAGAAGAUGAUUAUAUGCAUGAUAAUUCUGAGGAGGCUGGAGGUCUCGGAAAUGGUGUCUCCACAGUCGGGAUCAGUUUUGACAUUCAGCAUGAUGGGCAUGAUGACCAUGAAAUUGAUGAGGACGAUGACGAGGAGAUGAGUGGGGGAGAGGAAGUAGAUGAGGAUGAAGAUGAGGAUGAGGAGGAUAAUGAUGAUUUAGAUGAGGAUGAGGUCCAUCACUUGUCACACCCAGACACUGACCAGGAUGACCAUGAUGACCAUGAGAUUGAUGAGGAUGAGUUUGAUGAGGAUGUUUUGGAGGAAGACGAGGAUGAAGAUGAAGACGAUGAGAAUGGGCUCAUUGUUAGAUUGGAAGACGGUAUUAAUGGGAUCAAUGUCCUUGACCAUUUUGAGGUUCUUGGUAGGGAUAGUAAUUUCCCCAAUGACUCUCUUCGGGUGAUGCCUGUUGAAGUUUUUGGCUCCAGACGACAGGGCCGCACCACUUCUAUUUAUAACUUGCUUGGUAGAGCUGGUGAUCAUGGAGUUCCUCUUCGGCAUCCUCUUUUGAUUGAGCCUUCUACCUCAUCACAAUCAAUGACUCUCAGACAAUCAGGUGAUAUGGCCUUCUCAGACCGGAACUUUGAUAAUGCUUCCUCACGUUUGGAUGCUAUUUUUCGCUCGCUGAGGAGUGGACGCCAUGGCAACCGUUUCAGUAUUUGGGCAGAUGAUAGCCAGCAACGAGGGGGACCUAAUGCCUCUACGAUCGCUCAAGGCAUCGAAGAGUUAUUUAUUUCACAACUGAGGAGGCCGACUCCUGAUCAGCCUUCUAACCAGGCUGCUACCACAACUCCCCCAACCCACGAUAAGAUGGAGGCCAACCAGAUGCAAGAUACUGAGCUUGGGGUAGCAGAAGAAGCACCAGUUGAUACUGGGAACACCACAAACAGUGAAAGUGGGGUUAUUCGGUCCUCUAACCCAGCUGUCGUGGAUGCAUCUGGAGAUGCUGGUAUGGUGUGUCCUUCUUCUGAGCAUGGUUUUCUUCAGGGAACCGAUGCACCACACUCACAGGGUGAGCCCCCCAUUGAAAUGCAAUGUGAGCGCACCGAUGCAGCGGUUCAAGAUGUGGAAGCAGUAAGUCAAGAGAGUGGUGGCAGUGGGGCUACUCUUGGAGAGAGCCUCAGGAGCUUGGAAGUCGAAAUAGGCAGCGCUGAUGGCCAUGAUGAUGGAGGAGACAGGCAUGCCCCAUCAGAGAGAAUGACAUUGGGAGUGAGAAGGCCGUCAGUUCCAAUGCAAGCAAGCAGUAGAGAUGUUUCUUUGCAAAGUGUUAGUGAAGUAUCCCGAGAGCCUAGUCAAGAAGGAGCUGAACAAAAUGAGAGGGCAGAGGAAAACCAGAAUAAUGCAAAUAUGGAGUCUGCUUCUAUUGAUCCUGCUUUCCUUGAUGCUCUUCCUGAAGAGCUCAGGGCGGAGGUCCUUUCUGCUCAGCAGAAUCAAGUGGCUCAGCCUCCUGCUGAACAACCGCAAACUAAUGGAGACAUUGACCCUGAAUUCCUUGCUGCCCUCCCUCCUGAUAUUCGAGCUGAAGUGCUGGCUCAACAACAGGCUCAGAGGUUGCAUCAGUCUCAGGAGUUGGAAGGACAGCCUGUUGAAAUGGAUACUGUUUCGAUAAUUGCAACGUUUCCAUCUGAUCUGCGAGAAGAGGUUCUGUUGACAUCGUCGGAUGCCAUUUUGGCUAAUCUGACUCCUGCCCUUGUUGCUGAGGCAAAUAUGCUACGUGAAAGGUUUGCACACCGUUACCACGGUGGUACGCUUUUUGGAAUGUUCCCUAGGAAUCGGCGUGGUGAAUCUUCUGGUAGGGGUGAUACGGGUCCAUCCAGUUUAGACAGAGGGGGCAUUGUUUCACGGAGAUCAAAUGGAAGCAAGCUAGUUGAAGCGGAUGGUGCUCCUUUGGUUGAUACAGAUGCUUUGAAAGCUAUGAUACGUCUUCUUCGUGUUGUUCAGCCAUUGUACAAAGGCCAACUGCAACGGCUUCUGUUGAACCUUUGUGCCCACCGUGAGACCAGAACUGCAUUGGUGCAGCUUCUAAUGGAUAUGCUUAUGCUUGAUGAGAGGGGAAUGGGAAGUACUUCAACUUAUGCUGGAGAACCAUCUUACCGGUUAUAUGCAUGCCCAAAUAAUGUGAUUUAUUCUAGACCCCAAUUCUUGGAUGGAGUUCCUCCCCUGGUCUCCCGGCGUGUAUUGGAAGUUCUGAUAUACUUGGCCCGGAAUCAUCCAUAUGUUGCAAAACUCCUACUUCAUCUCAAGCUACCACAACCUUCUUUAAAAAAAUCUAAUUUAUCUGAUCAGGCCCGUGGCAAAGCUGUGAUGAUUUUGGAUGAUGACCAAGAAGAAAUGAAACUGAAGGGAGAUGUAUCCAUAGUCUUGCUUUUAAGCCUCUUGAAUCAGCCUCUCUAUUCCAGAAGUGUGGCUCAUCUUGAACAGUUGCUGAAUCUCCUUGAAGUUAUCAUGGACAAUGCGGAAAGUGAAUCAAACUUAUCAAACAAGUCCGGUGGGUCUCAACUGGAACAGCCGUCUGCGUCUCAGAGUGCCUUGCCAGAUAGCCAGGCAAAUGCUAGCAAUGUUGGGUCGUCUUCUACUGAGGAAGUCAAACCAAUUGAGACUGAUGAGGAUUCACGGCCUUCGGCUUCUGGCACUAGCGAUGAAAAUAAUGUUUCUGCUGUGCUAUGCGAUCUUCCUACAUUGGAGCUUCGACUUUUGUGCUCUUUGCUUGCACGAGAAGGGUUGUCGGAUAAUGCUUAUGUUCUCAUUGCUGAGGUUAUAAAGAAACUGGUGGCCAUAGCUUCCACACAUUGCCGUCUCUUUAUCUCCGAGCUCGCUGAUUCCAUUCAAAGCUUGAGUCAAUCUGCAAUAACUGAACUCCGUAGUUAUGGUGAGGCAGAAGACAUGCUAUUAAGCACUUCUUCAACAGAUGGGACGGCAAUUCUCAGAGUUCUUCAAGCCCUGAGCUCACUGGUCUCUUCUUUGCUAGAGAGAGAAAAAGAAGCUCAAGUCCUCUCUGAAAGAGAGCAAAAUGACCCGAUUAUGCAGGUGUGGGACUUGAAUGCAGCCUUGGAACCCUUGUGGCAAGAGUUAAGCAUCUGCAUAAGCAAAAUAGAGAGUAGCUCCUCGGAUGGUUUGCCUACUCUCUCUGGUUCUUCCCCCUCUACUUCUACAAGUGUAGUUCCUCCCCUUCCAGCUGGUACUCAAAAUAUAUUACCAUACAUAGAGUCUUUCUUUGUGACUUGUGAAAAGCUAGGACCAGGGCAAUUAGGGCCGGGCUAUGACUUCGCCAAUGUCUCAACUCCUGAGGCUGAAGAUGCUUCUCAAAAGUCCUCAGCCAGCCAUUCAAAGGUUGAUGACAAGCAUGGCGCCUUUGUGAAGUUCUCAGAGAAGCACAGGAAGCUGUUGAAUUCUUUCAUUAGGCAGAACCCAGGCUUGCUCGAGAAGUCCUUUUCUAUCAUGCUUAAAGUCCCUCGUUUCAUUGAUUUUGACAACAAACGAGCUCAUUUCAGAUCAAAAAUAAAACACCAACAUGACCAUCAUCAUAGUCCUUUGAGAAUUUCAGUGAGGAGGGCCUAUAUUCUCGAGGACUCUUAUAACCAGCUCAGAAUGAGAUCAACCCAAGAUUUGAAGGGUCGACUGACUGUUCAUUUUCAAGGGGAGGAAGGCAUUGAUGCUGGUGGACUGACUAGGGAGUGGUAUCAGUUGUUGUCCAGGGUCAUCUUCGAUAAGGGCGCUUUGCUUUUCACUACUGUGGGCAAUGAAUCCACGUUCCAGCCCAAUCCUAACUCUGUUUUUCAGACUGAGCAUCUCUCAUACUUCAAGUUUGUCGGACGAGUGGUUGCAAAGGCCCUAUUUGAUGGGCAGCUUCUUGAUGUUCACUUUACUCGGUCCUUCUACAAGCACAUUCUUGGAGCUAAGGUCACCUAUCAUGACAUUGAGGCUAUUGAUCCUGACUUCUUCAAAAACUUGAAGUGGAUGCUAGAGAAUGAUACAAGUGACAUCUUAGACCUUACUUUCAGCGUGGAUGCAGAUGAGGAAAAACUUAUAUUGUAUGAGAGAACAGAGGUGACUGAUUAUGAAUUGAUUCCUGGUGGCCGCAAUGUGAGAGUUACUGAGGAAAAUAAACACGAAUAUGUUGAUCUUGUGGCAGAGCAUAAGCUCACGACUGCAAUUAGGCCUCAGAUAAAUGCAUUUAUGGAGGGUUUCAAUGAACUAAUCCCAAGGGAACUGAUAUCCAUAUUCCAUGACAAGGAACUGGAAUUAUUAAUCAGUGGGCUUCCUGAUAUUGAUCUGGAUGACCUCAGAGCGAAUACAGAGUACUCAGGAUACAGUGCCGCCUCGCCUGUGAUUCAGUGGUUUUGGGAGGUGGUUAAUGGUUUCAGCAAAGAAGACAAGGCCCGUCUUCUGCAGUUUGUGACUGGAACCUCCAAGGUGCCCUUGGAAGGUUUUAGGGCGCUUCAAGGGAUCUCUGGCUCGCAAAGAUUCCAGAUCCACAAGGCAUAUGGCAGCCCUGAUCACUUGCCAUCUGCUCAUACUUGUUUCAACCAGCUGGAUUUACCAGAAUACCCCACAAAGCAGCAGUUGCAGGAGAGGCUACUUUUGGCGAUCCAUGAAGGGAAUGAAGGUUUUGGGUUCGGCUGAUUUGAGGCGAGAUGUUGGUAUGCCUGCAUGCGUUUGUGUAGAUAAUGUCAAGAGAAAGGGGAAUUCAUGUGGGUGAUAGGAGAUAUAUAUGUUAUUUGCUGUACAGUUUAUUUUCACUAUGAUUUUACAUUUCGGCAGUUUUUGUAAUUUGCCGCAUGCAUCAAGAAGCCCAAUUUGAGUUCUUGUCCGCAUGCACCAAGAAGCUAAUUUGAGUUCUUGUUGCUGCUUAUUGUGGGUUUCUCUCUCCCCCUUCCCCCUGUGGGUCUCUCUCUCUCUCUCUCUCUCUCUCUCUCUCUGUUCUUUCUCGCUCUCUAUACAUGUAUUCAAAUAAAUCUAAUGAACUAUGAAAUUGGUUC